CAGUCUCCAUUGUUCAUUAAACAAAUUGCAAAAGAUUCACCAACACAGCUGUCCAGAAUUCUGUGGAAUUUUGCGAUGAAAACUGAGCUUUUUGUAUUGGAUACAAUGGCGUGCCAAUACUUCCGUUUCAACCAUCGACGUCACGCGCAUACGUCAUCAUACCUAGACGUUUUCAAACGGAAGUUUCGGAGGAAAUUUAAAAUUGCACUUUAUAAGUUAACCCGGCCGUAUUGGCAUGUGUUGCAAUGUUAAGAUUUCAUCAUUGAUAUAUAAACUAUCAGACUGCGUGGUCGGUAGUAGUGGGUUUCAGUAGGCCUUUAGGGCCCUUGUACAACAUCCCUAAUUAAACGUUUUUUUGCAGAGGGGCAGGCAGUGUAUAAAUAUGUCCUCAGGCAUUUUACUGAAAUAUAACUUUUGAAUCCGAAACUUUACCAGUCUAGUCCUUGACAUACGUGCAUAUUUAUCUGCACGACACUGCAUGUUUCUUACUCAAAAGUACUGACACACGUGAUGCAGCUACAACAACUAGAUUGCCCAACUACAGGCCCUCCCGUCCCUGCCGCUUUUGCACACACACGCACACACACACACAUUCUGUACAUACACACGCACGUAGUUCAUGUGUUUUUUUAAAGGCACACUCUGACCAUGUGCCUGGGGAAGGAGGAGACAAGCAGAAAGAGCCAUAGAGGGGCAGAGUGAGGGAGGAGUGUAUCCUCAGAGAGUUCCGCUCAGUUUGGAUUUGAAAACAAACCGCCUCGGUCUCCGCCGUCACGUUUGUGUCCAGCUUUUCACAACCGCAUGAAGCAGUAAGGAAAUGGCUCCUUAAAAGCCAGCGCCAACUUGGCUUUGGGCGCGCUUCGGACGAGCGGCAUGCAGCCGAAACACAGCGAGGAGGGCUUUCCUCCAUCUGUCCGUGCGUCAAAGGAAACCCGGUGCGGCGUGAGGGGAAAGGAGAGCGCGCACAAGAGUCGAGGAGUAGUGGAGUGUCCGGGGGAGGAGGAGGAAGGGGACGAUUAGGGGAGAACAACCAGAAAGAAGAAAGGACGGACCCCACCACGACUGCAAACAUGAGUUUGCCGACUAACUGUGUGUAUCUGGCCCCCUCGUUCCAGGACCGCUACUUCAAAAUGCGCAACGGGAAUAUCUGCGGGUCACCGUGCGCCGUCAAUCGACCCAUCGAUAUUGUGCAGAAACGAAGACGUUUCGAUGUGGAGAAUGGCCUCUCAGUGGGUCGCAGUCCUCUGGACGCUCAGACCAGUCCCGGGUCAGGCCUGGUCCUCCAGUCCAAUGUACCGCACAGUCAGCGUCGAGAGUCCUUCCUCUACCGCUCCGACUCGGAUUAUGACCUCUCGCCCAAAACCAUGUCGCGCAACUCAUCGACCGCCAGCGACUUGGAGGACGGAUUGAAGCAAUGCGAAGUCAGUUGUAUACCUCGGCACGGAGAAGACAUGAUAGUUACUCCAUUUGCACAGAUUCUCGCCAGUCUACGCACAGUGAGAAGUAACUUCGCUGUUCUCACACAUUUGCAAGACCGUGUGGGAAACAAGUGGCCGCCAAGCAGCAACCAGCCGCCUCUGUACAAACCAUGCCACUCAGAGGAGCCUUAUCAAAAACUAGCAAUGGAGACUCUGGAAGAGCUGGACUGGUGUCUGGACCAGUUGGAGACGCUGCAGACGAGACAUUCGGUCAGCGAGAUGGCUUCUAAUAAGUUUAAGAGGAUGCUAAACCGAGAACUGACUCAACUAUCAGAGACCAGUCGCUCAGGGAAUCAGGUGUCAGAGUUCAUCGCCAAUACCUUUUUAGAGAAACAACAUGAUGUGGAGAUCUUGUCUCCACCGCCAAAGGAGAAGGAGAAGAAGAAGAGGCCCAUGUCACAGAUCAUCGGUGUGAAGAAGACCACACCGAGCCCCAGCCUCGCAUGUACUUCCAUCCCUCGUUUUGGAGUCAACACCCCACAGGAGAACCUGCUGGCCAGCGAGAUUGAGGACCUUAACCGUUGGGGUCUGGAUAUAUUCAAGAUAGCGGAACUAUCUGGAAACCGCCCUUUGACGGUCAUCAUGUACUCCAUCUUCCAGGAGCGAGAGCUUUUAAAAACCUUUAAAAUCCCAAUGACCACCUUCGUCACCUUCAUGAUGACGUUAGAGGACCAUUACCGUGCUGAUGUAGCGUACCACAACAACAUCCACGCUGCUGACGUGGUGCAGUCCACACACGUGCUGCUGUCCACUCCGGCUCUAGAGGCUGUCUUUACAGAUUUAGAGAUCAUGGCUGUUUUGUUUGCCAGUGCCAUCCACGAUGUUGACCACCCAGGGGUCACUAACCAGUUCCUAGUAAACACAAGUUCUGAGCUGGCGUUGAUGUACAACGAUGCCUCAGUGCUAGAGAACCAUCACCUUGCCGUGGGCUUCAAACUGCUCCAAGGGGACGACUGUGACAUCUUCCAGAACCUCAGCAAGAAACAGCGAGAUUCCCUCCGCAAGAUGGUGAUCGACAUGGUGCUAGCCACAGAUAUGUCCAAACAUAUGAACUUCUUGGCGGACAUGAAGACAAUGGUGGAGACCAAGAAAGUCACCAGCUUGGGAGUUCUGCUUCUUGACAACUAUUCAGACCGAAUCCAGGUUCUCCAGAACAUGGUUCAUUGUGCCGACCUCAGCAACCCAACCAAGCCUCUGGAAAUGUACCGACAGUGGACGGACCGCAUCAUGGUGGAGUUCUUCACACAGGGAGACAGAGAGCGGGACAAGGGAAUGGAAAUCAGUCCCAUGUGCGACAAACACAAUGCCUCCAUUGAGAAGAGCCAGGUGGGCUUCAUCGACUACAUCGUGCACCCUCUGUGGGAGACAUGGGCAGACCUGGUGCACCCCGAUGCUCAGGACAUCCUGGACACCCUGGAGGACAACAGGGAGUGGUACCAGAGCAUGAUCCCUUGUAGCCCUGAGCCCUCCAGCCCUGAGCCGUCUCACACCGACGUCAGACCAGGGGGCACCGCGGUGGGGCCCAACCCCGCAACGGGGCUCAGCGGGGACAAGUUCCAGUUUGAACUCACGCUGGAGGAAGAGGAGGAAGAUGAGGAGUUGGACUCGGACCUGGAAAGUCCGCUGGACGACGACCUCCCGUUGGGGGCGGAGCGGCACCAGGACUCGCCCUCCCCCUCCACGUCCCCGGAUGCCGGCAGCAGGUACCGCCCCCCUUCGCCUCGCCCGUUGUGGGCCUUAAUGGGACACGAGUCUGACGUUGCGGAGCGGCCACCCUCGUAGAGGGCCUUGAAGGGCGCACAACAACCAGCACAACCUGCCCUGCCCAUGAGACACAGCAGCUUGGGGGGAAGGCAGGGUGGGCCCUAACCUACCAAGAAAGUCUGUAAAAUCACCACAGUCCCUUUACACUGGAGACAGCCUCUCUGUAGACGGAGGGACGAUCGCCCUCUUCUUUUUUUUUAUCCCACAUUCGCCUCUCUUCGGGUGCCUAAAGUCUUUAUUUGCCACCAUGCUUAAGGAGCGUGUCCACUGCAAUCGAAGCGUAAAGAAGGAAGAAGUUACGUGACACUCUUCCAGAACAAAAGGUAACAAACGUCUUCCUCCUAAAUAACCCACAUGUGGACAUGAGUGAGUUGUGUGCGACAGGGUCUUGGAAAUGACUUUUUUUUUAAAUUUUAUUUCAUGUUUAAACAUUUUAACUGAGCAGCGAGAGAAUCAACGGACCUAGACCUCAGGGUAUGAAAAGUCAAAGGGAAUGUAGCGUGGAUGUCCUCCCCCGUUUGAUUUACCUCCAGAGACCAACAAGUUAGUCUCGGCAUUGAAUUAAAACCCUUUAAAUUAGGCACGGAAAGCAAUCACGUUUAUCAUCAAACCAGCUUGUAGCACCGCACAGAUUGAGCACUCAAGAAGACACUACCUGUAUCGAAGCUUUGUUUUUUAUACCUGAGAUUUAUUUAAAUGGCGUCCUUGUUUCAAACGUA